UCUCUCUCUCUCUCUCUCUCUCUCUCUCUCUCUCUCUCUCUCUGACAUCAUUAAAUUUCACCAUAAAACAGAUAUCAAGAGAGAGAGAGAGAGAGAGAGGUUCCAUCCCUACAUCCUCCUUCUUAUCAAUCUUGUUUUUUCCUUCCUUUUGUCCUUCUAUUUACUUCCGCCACCAUCACGCCUCCAAUAUCUAGGCCUCUCACAUUCUGCCGCAGUGCCGAGGGUGUCAUACGGGUGCCUACACAGUGCCUGGAGAGAGAAGAAAGCCUCGUAUAGUGCCAAUCUCAGGGGCAGUCUAUGUACGGUGUUGGGAGCCUUGAGAUCGCUUCUGCUUGGGGUUCAGAAGAUGACGUGUGAAUCGCUGUGUAUGUGUUGCUUCUGCCAAGAUGACAAGCCUAUCCUCUGCCUGGCCCUCAGCAUCCCAGCUCUCUGCAUCCUCAUCCUCGCUACCUUCUCCUCCGGGCUCUUACUCUACAUCAGAAGUCCCAAAAUCAAGUCCCUUAGACCCCAGCAGAACCCCCAGGAGACAGAGGGACGCAGGCAAGCCCCCCAGCGCGUCACCAGUCCCCCAGUGAAUCCCCAGAGAAGUCUACCACAAGGAACAGUUAGUCAGAAUCAGCCCCCAGCUCCCUUCACGCCAUAUCUAACAAGGAGUCAAAUUAGUGUUAUCCAGCAGACCUCGACCUCUUCUUCGCCGCCCCCAGCCCUCCCCAUGCUCCCCAGUAACUCCCCAGCCCCGAAUUUGGUCAGCUAUGAUAGUGUUAACAGCCUCUACGGGAUUGAGGAAUUGGAUUUGUCAUAUGGUUAGUCUUUUCACGGGGGACUUUGCCAUAUUGUAAGGCCUUGUAGGGGGACUUUGCCAUAUUGUAAGGCCUUGUAGGGGGACUUUGCUAUAGUAUGAGUUUUUUUAAGGGGGGACUUUGCCAUAUUGUAAGGCCUUGUAGGGGGACUUUGCCAUAUUGUAAGGCCUUGUAGGGGGACUUUGCUAUAUUGUAAGGCCUUGUAGGGGGACUUUGCUAUAGUAUGAGUUUUUUUAAGGGGGGACUUUGCCAUAUUGUAAGGCCUUGUAGGGGGACUUUGCCAUAUUGUAAGGCCUUGUAGGGGGACUUUGCUAUAGCGUGAGUUUUUUUAAGGGGGGGCUUUGCCAUAUUGUAAGGCCUUGUAGGGGGACUUUGCCAUAUUGUAAGGCCUUGUAGGGGGACUUUGCCAUAUUGUAAGGCCUUGUAGGGGGACUUUGCCAUAUUGUAAGGCCUUGUAGGGGGACUUUGCCAUAUUGUAAGGCCUUGUAGGGGGACUUUGCUAUAGUAUGAGUUUUUUUAAGGGGGGGCUUUGCCAUAUUGUAAGGCCUUGUAGGGGACUUUGCCAUAUUGUAAGGUCUUGUAGGGGGACUUUGCCAUAUUGUAAGUUUUAAGGG